CGCAACGCAGUCUUCAACCAAACGCGUAACGAGACGGUACUCUGCAACGCCAGUUCAAAUUGUACGCAACGGGACAUUUACAGUUAUUUUUGAACGAUAAGCAAGCAACAAUUUAACAUACGAAAAUAAUUUUGUGCAGCGUCCCAAAACUAAACCGUGUCUAGUUUUGAAGUGUGUCAAACAUAUUAAGUUUGUAAUUAAUUAAAACGUUGUGUGGCUGCCACUUGAAGGUGCCAAAUGCGUUUCGUUGAUUUCGGGCAACGCAGCUGCUGAUUCAAAAUUCGCCUCUCACAACUGCUCUCGGCUCCAGUUGCCGCUCCGGCUUCGCUCUCAAUUUGCGGCCAGUUUUAGUGACAUAGAAAUUUUGUGAAAAUCGUGUAACUUGUAUUUGGCCCAUGUCACAAGCUUCACACACACUGGGGCACAACAGUUCACUAACGUUGGCGCCAGUCGCGGAUUUAGGACGCAGCUUCAAAUUGCCGCAAAAAUAAAACAAUUCUUAACAAAUAAAACGAAAUUAAUAAAAACAAAUAAAUAAAAUAUAUUUAAAGAAAUUGAAAUAAAGAGAUUUAAACUGUGCUACAUACUCCACUCUUAAAAUCGAAUUGGAAUCGCGUGUGUGUGCAAGUGCGUGUGUGCCGCGUUGCGUGUGUGUGCGUGCUGCGCUUGCCGCUGUGUGUGUGUGUAUAUAUAUAUGUAUAAGUACUUUGCUAACUUGUAGUGCGUGGCGGCGCCAAAGCGAAAAUUUCCAUAAUUAUUGGCAAAGCCAACAGCAGAAACUGAAACUGCAUUUCGGCUCACAAGUUGGGCCCUGUCAACAGCUCAAAACUUGGCCAAAAACAACAGCAACAAAUAACAAUAACAACAACCUGCGUAUGCUAUACAAUAGGUCAGCUCACAAAACAUGCAAUAACCAUUGAUGUCGCUUUGAUGAAAAUACAGCUAUAAAUUUGAAACGCCCCAGGAAAAUGCAUUGCAGCAGAACAAGCAAUUAAAAUAGAGACCGAAACCAAAGCGGAGACUAAGGCUGAGGCUGCGAUUGCAACAAGGAGUUCUUCUGCGAACGAGUCCUGCCCUGAGUGUCGACUGUUUGGUCUCGCCCUGUGCUAAAAACCUAUUUUGAAUAAUUAAAAUUCAGUAAGUGUUGCUGCUGCUGCUGCUGCUGCAACUUUUGCAACAAUCUGCAGGCGUCUGUAACAAACACAGCAACAACAAGAACAACAAUGAUAUAAUUAAUUCAAUGCACCUGAAUACUCAAGCUUACACACGAAACUCCUUCAAAUCCAAUUGAGUGCAACAGCCGCAAGUGCACAGCCACAAAAACAGCAGUUAGAACAACUGCAACAACAACAACCACAGCAAGAACCACAGCUACAACAACAAGUAAGUUUACCCAAGCCAGCUGUAAAAUGGCGGCACACCGGUCAAUGGCAACAAUUAGCCAAUGCAAGGACAAGCGAAGACAUAUCCGCAGAAGGACACAACUAACCGAGUUCCUGCGCCGCACACUGCCCAUUGUCAUCAUCGUCAUGCUGAUGCUAACACAGCACUGGGAAAGCGCCAGCGCCCAGAGUCUGAUGGCCAAGCAUGAGCCCAUGUUCAUAUCACGUUCGGAGACAUUCAAAUUCAUAGCCGGAGAUAUUAUAGUGCUGCCCUGUGAGGUGGCCAAUACGGAACCCUAUGUGGUUGCCUGGAAACGUGGCAUUGCCAUUUUAACCGCCGGCUCUGUAAAGGUGACGCCCGAUCCGCGCGUCCGUUUAGUGAGCGGAUUCAAUCUACAGAUACGUGACGCUGUGCCCCAGGAUGCUGGCGAUUAUAUAUGCCAAAUUGCCACGAUGGAACCGCGGGAAAUAACACACACCGUCGAAAUACUGGUACCACCGAGGAUUCAUCACAUUAGCACCGGCGGACAUUUGCAAGUCAAAAAAGGUUCAUCAGUGCGCAUUGAGUGCUCGGCCUCUGGUAAUCCAACGCCAAAUGUGACUUGGAGCCGCAAAAAUAAUAUUUUGCCCAACGGCGAGGAGAAACUACACUCGCACGUCCUGUCAAUCGAAAAUGUGGAUCGUCAUAAGGGCGGCGUCUACAUAUGCACCGCCAACAAUGGCGUCGGCCAGCCCGCAUCCAGCCAGGUCGUGCUGCACGUCUUAUAUCCGCCAGAAAUCUCCGUGGAGCGUCCCGUUGUCUUCUCCGGCGAGGGGCACGAGGCGAUGCUGGUCUGCAUCGUGCAUGGCGAAACACAGCCUGAGGUAAUUUGGUUCAAAGACACCAUGCAAUUGGACACCACCGAGCGGCACAUCAUGGAGAAUCGCGGCUCACGUCACACGCUGAUUAUACGCAAAGUGCAUCCGCAGGACUUUGGCAAUUACUCUUGCGUGGCUGAGAAUCAGCUUGGCAAGUCACGCAAAACUCUGCAGCUAAGCGGAAAACCGAAUGUUGCCGUUUUUAAUUCACCGGCAAUCAGUCAAUACAAGGACAGAUACAACAUCUCGUGGGCGGUCGACUCGCAUUCACCCAUCGAGGAGUACAAGUUGUCCUUCCGCAAGCUGCCACAAGGACAUGAGGUCGUUGACAAUGCCAUUGACUCGCAAUCCUCGUCGUCAUCAUCCUCAUCCUCCUCCUCCUCGUCGUCCUCGUCUUAUGGCACUGCCAGCCACAAUCAUCGCAUUGGCAGCAACUUGGCCAACUAUGGCGGCUAUGGCAAUCUGAUGCGCUGGGGCCACAACGAUUGGCGCGAUGUGGUGCUGCCAGCCGUUCCACUGUCACACCACUAUGCGCAGGGCAUGAGCUACAUGGUACGCGGACUGGAUCCAGAUCAGCAGUAUGAGGCCACAGUGCAGUCCCGCAAUCGCUAUGGAUGGAGCGACUUGACUAACAGCUUCUACUUUUCAACAUCGUCAAAUGAUGUGCUUGUCGAUUUGUCCACAUUCUUAAAUCACGGUCAGUCAGAUAACGAGAUGCGGGAUCUGAGUGUUACCUUCUAUGGCAGCGGUGCGGUCAAUCGACAGAAACUGAGUCUGGUCACACUGAGCGGCGUUACGCUAAUGCUUAAACUAAUCAUGGCUUAGACCCAACGCGUUAGUUUUAAUUGGAUUUAAGUAACGAAUUUCACCGCCAAUAGCAUAUACAAAUUGAACGAGUUUUUGGUUUGUUUUGGAAUACUUACUUAACGACAACCGAACGGGCAGUAAUUGUGCCACAUCAAAGAAAAAAGAAAGGGAGUAAAAAGAAACAGCUCUAGUUGUAACUAGCUUAAGACAUGCAACAUUUUCUCAAACUCAACUCAACUCAACUCUCAAUUUUGAAAAUUCUCAGAACAUUUCAAACAUUAAACGAACAACAAAGUAA